UCUGUCAUGGCGCUCUCUAUAAACAUCUUCCGGUUCGUGUGACCAGACUUCACGGGUUUCGAAGUUUCUCCUUCAACAAGAGCCAUUUAUUUGACGAAAUUUGUACCAUCAGUGAGAUCCUUCUCUUACCCUAACAUCAAGUAUGUCGUCAGACACAAAAACGUUCUCCAACCCAGAGACGCCUGGUUACGUUGGUUUUGCGAACCUUCCAAACCAAGUUCACCGGAAGUCCGUGAAAAAAGGAUUCGAGUUCACUUUGAUGGUUGUCGGAGAGUCUGGCCUCGGCAAAUCGACCCUAGUCAACAGCCUUUUCCUAACGGAUCUGUACCCUGAACGGAAUGUUCCUGAUGCCAGCGCAAAAGUGAUGCAAACGGUGACUCUUGAUGCAUCAACUGUUGAAAUCGAAGAGCGUGGUGUAAAAUUGCGGCUCACAGUGGUGGACACACCAGGUUUUGGAGAUGCCAUUGACAACACAGACUGCUUCAAGUCCAUCAUUCAGUACAUUGAAGACCAAUUUGAACGGUUCUUGUGUGACGAGAGUGGACUCAACAGGCGAAACAUUACCGACAACCGUGUCCAUUGUUGUUUCUACUUCAUUUCACCCUUUGGCCAUGGUCUGAAGCCAUUGGACAUCCAGUUUAUGAAGAUGCUUCACAAUAAGGUCAACAUAGUUCCUGUAAUUGCCAAAGCAGAUGCCUUGACCAAGAAAGAAGUCAUGAAUCUCAAGAGGAGGAUAAUGCACGAGAUUCAUGAAAAUGGAAUUCGGCUGUACCCUCUUCCGGAUUGCGAUUCUGAUGAAGAUGAAGAAUACAAAGAGCAAGUCAAGCAACUCAAAGAGUCUGUGCCCUUUGCAGUCAGUUCCUCUGUGCAGUUGAUAGAAGUCAAAGGCCGAAAAGUCAGAGGACGUCUUUACCCAUGGGGUGUUGUAGAGGUUGAGAACCCAGAACAUGGAGAUUUUAUCAAGCUCAGGACCAUGCUCAUAACGCACAUGCAAGACCUGCAGGAAGUGACACAGGAACUGCACUACGAGAACUACCGCUCAGAACGCUUGGCUGGUAAGGCUCCUCCAGCAACAGCCAAGAAGCCCACAGUGCUUGCAUCUGAUGAGAAGCUUUCAGAGAAAGACAGAAUUCUACAGGAGAAAGAAGCUGAGCUCAAGAGAAUGCAGGAGAUGCUGAAAAAAAUGCAGGAACAAAUGCAGCAGGGAACAACAAAUGGCACAGAGCACCAGACCAAAGUCUAGGCAGUGGCCAUGUGCCACUCUUGCAUUUCUAUACAUGCUGAUCUACUGAAGCGGUUCAUUUUUACUGCCUGUUUAUCGGAAUUGCUUCAUCUGCCAAAAUGGGAGCUGCAUGCCCCUUUCCGAGUGCCACUUUGUCUCUGUCGCAACCAAUGUGAGUCUUUGCAGAGAAACAAAAAAAACCUCUCAGGCUAUUGUAUUACACGAGUGCCUUGUUCUUAUAUAGAUUGCCAACCAGGAAGUCCCACUAUAUUUGCUAUUUUUUACCAUAUUUGCUUUUGUAUUUUAUAAACCUUUUACAGUCAUGUGUUUUGAAUUCCUGAAGGCGAGAUAUUUGUAUGAAUAAAUGGUGUUCGUAACAUUCA